GGCCGCUCCGCGCUGCGGCCGGCGCAACACGCACCACAGCACAACACGACACAGCGCACCACCCGGCAGGUUCGAGGUCAUCAGGCGGGUCCGGGCCGGCCGCGCCAUGGUUGAGGGCAAGCACUACUUCUGGGUGGAGCGGACGCUGGGCUACGCCGACGAGGGCGCCGUCGCGGCCGGCGUCGACGUGGACGGCUGGGAGCUGUACGUGUGCCGCAGCCGGCACGAGGGCGAUCUGGUGCCGGGCCGGCUGGCGCCCCGCGACGGCUGCGCCUACGUGCCCUGGGGCGGCGGCGAGCACGUCAAGCUGGAGUACGAGGUGCUGGUGGUGCUGGGGGGUGAGGGUCGGUGGGUUGCGACGCGCGGCGGCUGUGUGCCCAUUGAGGCACUGGAGGCUGGUGCUGCCGGCAGCGAGCCGCUCUUUGUGGGCAGGGCCUGCUUCGAUGGCUUGCUGGUGCCUGGCAAGGUACACCCAAGCCACGGUGUCUGCUACAUCUCAUAUGGUGGGGCAGAGAUUGCUUGCCCGGAGUACGAGGUUCUCGUCAUACACAUAUAGACAGUGCCUCCUUGUAUCAGACUGCUACAUCUGAGGAGCAUCUCAACCUCUCCUCACUCAUUACUUCCUUCCAUUUUAAGGAAACGUCACUGUCGAUCUCUGAAAAUUUCCUGUGAUAUACAAUUUUAUGUCUUAUUUAAUACCAGAUGGUGCUUAUAUCCAUCUGCAAUGCCAAACAAUGCAAGUCAUAAUUUUAGUACACGUUUUUCAAUUUUUAUAUUUUCUUACUGAUUCCAAACAACUCAGUGAAUCCUAUUGAUCACUGAGACAAGUGUUUUGAGUGAAAUGUAUAUUAAUGUGUUGCACAUUACUGCUUGUUAUAGGUAAUAAAGUUCUUUUACAACUUCAGUUCAUCCAUUGCUUUACUCACAUUCUUCCAAUAAUGACAUAAUUUCUCUUAUAAAUAAUGACACAUGAAUAUUUGAAUAACAUAAAAGUCUUAGUGUAGGAUAAAAUGUUCCACUUGGAGGUGAGUGCAACAAUAUCAGUAGCAGCUAUAUACUUUCAAUGUUCAUCCUUGUUAGCAAAUUUGUUGAAGCUUUUUGUAAUAUAUAUAUGUUUUGGAAACCAUGGUCACUCAGUUCUAUGGUAACAAGAAAAAAGAAAAUUGUGAAUGUAAUAAUGGAUCUAAUCACAUUAUAAUGUCCAUAUGUACAAAAAUAUAAACCUAGUAUAUGGAAACCAAUACAGUGCUAACACAUCAAAAUCAAAUGAACCCUAUUUUAUUAUAUAUAUUUCAUUGUAAGUGUUUACAAUUGUGCCUUAAUUCUGUAUUUAACGGUUAUCUUUUUUGGAAAAGUACUGCAUAUAGCAAUAUUUUUCUAUAACAGAUUGUUUAAAUUGUACACAAAUUUAUUUUCACAUCUGAAUGUAAGUCCCUAGUUCUGUAUUUAAAGAAUAUGGCAUGUGAGUUCUGCACUAAUGUGAUAAAUUUCCAUUUCUCUAUCUUUGUUAUCUAGUCAUCUUCUCAUUUGGUCUCAGUAAUUUUCCCUGUCAUUACUGAGACAUUUACUGUACUUGUAACUAGAAGACUAUAUAUAAUGAACUAAAAGGAAAAGAAAUAACAUUCCAUUCUGCAAAUGUCCUGCUUAAUCUUGGUCCUCUAUAUUUAAUUAUAUUUUUGGUUUUCGUAAAAUAUCUCUGUACGUGUUCAUUUUGAUUUUAACUCUGUUAAAUGUUAUAUGUUCUGUCUUCCUCAAAGUGAAACUCUUGCAUGGUUAUUGGUGUGAUGCUACAGAAAAAUAUUAUUCCUGACAUAAUACAUAACACAUAAUGCAUCCAUUGUGGUAUAUAUAUCCUUUCAUAAAUUAAAUAUUUUGCUACUAAUUGUUGCAGGAUCAUCAUUGUAUUUCUAUUUCUGUUUACACAGAUUAAGAUGAAAUUGGUGAAACGAUAUAAGCUGAAAUAAAAUUGUUAUCUAGAUUAAACAUUGGUAUGAAACACUGAUGUGAGAACAUCCAUAAUUAAUUGGUACAUUGAGUUAAAUUAUUUUGAAACAUGCUAUGCUGCGUCUUGCAAUUAUCGACCUGCGUGAUGACGCCAUGAUACAUGCACACAUUCAAACACGUACAGGUUUUAAGUGGUGGCACACUGUUAAAUCGUGGUUAGCUUA